AUGCGUAGGCAUACUACAACAGAGAGACCGCCAAAACGCUACGACGACCUGAGGAAACACCGCUACAAGCAGGGUUUCAUAAAUGCCGUGCGCAAGGAACUGCGCGAUCUCCUUGCCCAAGAGCUUGGCGGCUCAUCGACUGUGUCAGAGGUUGUCCGCAGGCGCUCCCUUUGCUGGCCAUCGAUGCCUGCCGGGUUCUACCACGACGGCCAGUACACGACAGUAAUGGCCCUGUCACACCUCGUACUGGCUGCGCUACUGGCCGGCGGAAACGGCGCAUCGGCCCUCAGCAUCGUCGAGGCCAGCGUGGAUGACCUCCAGCAGGCCCUCCAAUCGGGGAGAAUCAACACGGUCCAGCUGUUGGCGACGCACUUGCACCGCGUGGCCCGCUUUGACCGGCGCGGUCCCAUUCUCAACUCCAUCCCUGUGCUCAAUACGGACGUGUUUGCGGCGGCAGAGGCUUCCGACCAGUACCGCGCAAGCCAUGGCGGCGCCAUCCGGUCUGUCCUCGAGGGCAUCCCCUUCACUGUCAAGGACAGCUUCAUGGUGACUGGCCUCAAGAACCUGACAGCCCAUGAAGAUGCUUUCACCGUUGGCCGUAUCGUCGGAGGCGGAGGGCUGGUGAUCGGCAAGACCAACAUGCCACCCAUGGCCAACGGCGGCAUGCAGCGUGGCGUCUACGGGCGGGCUGAGAGCCCGUAUAACAAGGACUUCCUUGCGGCGGCGUAUGGCUCAGGCUCGUCCAACGGAUGCGCCGCAUCGACUGCGGCGAGCAUGGCAGCCUUUGGCAUGGGCGAGGAGACAAUUCGUCUGGCCGCUCGCCGGCAUCCAACAACGGCCUUGUGGCUUGCACGCCCUCCCGCGGCAUUUUGUCGAUUCGCGUCGCUUAGAGGCAAGCGAGUCGGCGUACCCAAGAUGUACAUUGGUGAGGACGACCCGGCUGCGCAGCCUGUCUAUGUGCGACCGUCCGUUUGUGCCCUCUGGGACGAGGCGCGCAAGACGCUCGAGUCACUCGGGGCCACAGUCGAGGAAGUCGACUUCCCACUCAUCACCAAUUCCGAGUCCGAGCCAGCCAGCGUCGCGUGGGAGACCGACUAUCCUCUCCCGGGCCCCGGUAGCGAUCCCGACAGCCGCGGCCCGGGCGAGCUCGCCCCUUACACUUGGGACGACUUCCUGCACAUAGUAGGUGAUAACAAGACCUAUACGACUCUUGCAGACGUGGACCCCAGCCUCAUCUUCCCGCAGCGACCCGGUACGCUGCCAAACCGGUAUGGCAACCAGUUCCUGAACCGCACAGAGUCCAACAUCGUCUUCACUGAGCCGGUUGUCACUGUCCUCCUCAACCGAAUCAGCGAACGGCAGGCACUCGAAAAAGUUCUCGGGACUCGAGCCUUCGUGUUCUUGCGAUUCAGACUCGGAAACGUCUCCGAAGUCUGCGGUUCUGCGUUGGCUCCGAGCUCUGGCGUUUGCUUCGUCGAUGAAACGCUCGCGGUACUCUUUGGCCAGGACUCGAAGGUUCCUGAAGGCGCCAGUGCCUUCGAGCCAAGCUUCAAGAUUCCCCGCCAAAGCAUAGGCAUUGAGAAGCGUAGUGUACAGCCAGGCUUCUGGCCACUCUUCGCAGGUGCGAUCGGGUGA